CGUCACAUGUGCAUGAGGACAAGAUGGCGGUGGCGCUAGAGAGAAGCUUCGUGGAGAUCUGCGGCUUCGAGAGAGAAACUGUUCGACGCUUCAGAGAAGUGACGCUGACCCUCGGUGUGACUGCUCCCCCUGGUGGCCAGAAGUUUGCAGACAGUGCUGGAGCGUUUCAUUAUGAGGAGAGUGGGAAGCUGCUGUCAGUCACCAGCAACAGAUUCAUCCACUGGUUGACGUCAGGUGACUCGGUGCAGCUGGUGGAACAGUCUCUGGAUGCCGACCUGCUCAACAACUCCGUCAAACUCUGCUUCACCCACUGCAAUGUUCUGCCGGGGGGGGUCACCAUCCAGGAGACGCUCAGCAACGUCGUCAUCCUCAUCUCCACCAAUCAGAGUGUCCACAGACUGGUGCUGCCUCACCCCACAUGCAUGUACCGCAGUGAGCUGGUGACGGAGCUCCACAUGCAGUCCGUCCUCACUGACGUGGGGAAGCUGAGUCUGCAGGACCCUUCGCACAGCGCCACCAUCCCCAGCUCAGUGGUACAGAUGGGGAGUCCCAGCUCCUGCACAGCCUGGCUGAGUCACCAGGGGGAGGCGCACUACGCCCUGGCUUCACCUGCAGGGGGCAUCAUGGUGGUCACUCUGCCCCCCCACGACACACCAGGUGGCGUGUCGACAGUUGAGCUGAAGAGGAGCUCUGUGAUGGGGAGGUUGUCGGGUUGGAUGCCGACAGUGAUGAGAGGAGACAGUCGAACUGAACAUGUGGUCAGUCUGAUCGUCCGAGAACUGGAGGACGACUUGUUCAUCUUCACACUGAGUCAAGAUCAUAGACUGAGGAUGUGGUCGCUCACGGAGCAGGCAUGUCUGCUGGAGGUGGACGUGUUGGAGUACAUGCCUGCGUGUAAAGGAGUUCAGCGUGUGUCAGGUCAGGGUCAUCGUCUGAGGAUGACCUUCUCCUCCACCACCGGCCUCUGUCUCUGCGUUUACCUGGCUGUCCCUCAGCGAGGACAGUUCACUGUCCUGCAGUUGGUGACUGCCGAAAACAACCGCUACAGCCUGGAACACAUCUCCACCCUGUUCACCACACAGGAAACUCUGGUGGAUUUUCAUCUGACAUCUACAGAUGUUUGGGGACUGUGGGUGGAUGAGUCCAACUCCACUGUCAUCAAGUACAUUAACUUUGAACAUAACUUGGCAGGUCAGUGGAACCAGGUGUUUGUUCAGCCUCCACCAGAGGAAGAGGUUCAUGUAGGAGUCGACCAGGACCCUAGAGAGACGUACCUGGACGUUCUCUUCUCCCCUCUCAGAUUCUCGGCUGCAGCCGUAGUUAAAGCUCUACAGAUCUUCCGCCGUGGCUCCGAGAGGAUCUCUGACGUUUCCUGGGAGACGCUGAAGAAGGAAGUGACCGUUGCUGUCGAGACGGAGCUUCAGAACAGUGUGACAGAGUUUGAGUUCUCGCAGGAGGAGUACCGGCAGCUGCAGGUUGAGUUCUGGUCCAAGUUCUACGCCUGUUGUCUUCAGUACCAAGAGUCUCUGUCCACCCCUCUCGCUCUCACAGUGAGUCACAGCACCGGACUGGUGUGUCUGCUCAAGAAGGGUUCUGUUUCCUUCCUGCUUCCUUGUUUUGCUGUGGAUCAUUUGUAUCUGAGCAGCGACGAGUAUCUGUUCUCUGAGGAGGAGACGCCUGUGACUGAAGACCCAGAAGUGGGCCGGGACAUCCUGCAGCUCGUCCAGUGUCUGCGGCUGCUCAGUGAUGCUGUUUCUGGAGAGAUGGCAUAUGAGAUGGAGAAAGCUCUGGAUCAUCUUCAGUCAGCUGGACGAGCUGCUGAGGUCGUAAUGGAGACCAUGCUGUCCAAUGACAGCGAUAACGUGAUAGAGGACAUUCAGAACAAACUGCAGGACGUCCGUAACCCGACUGCGGCCAUGAUGGUCCUUCUGAGGGAAAUGGACCUAGAGACGGACUCUGAGGUCACAGGUGAAGGAGCCAUCACACCUGGUCAGACUCUGGCCGUCAGGCUCAGCCUGUCACAGCUGUACGGCAGCAGCGCGGCCAUUUCUCUCGUCUGCCAGGCCGUCAGUCACAUGGCCAUGACCAGGGCGCUGUUCUGCAGAGACCUGCUGAUCCUGCAGAAACUCUAUCUGAGGCUGGGCGACAACGUGUUUCUGGGUGGGGGGGCUCAGCUGCUGCAGCUUCAGCAGGACCUGAUUCCUCGGACUUGUCACCUCCUGUCGUCGUAUCACCUCCUUAAACACAUGAGUCAGAGCGUGGCCUCGUCCGUCCCUGUGGACAUCAUAGAUGCCAACCUGCAGCACCUCACAGUGUUAGAACUGUCUGACUCUCCAGCUCCGUCCUCCAGAACAGUGCUCAGUCCUCAGACUGUGGUGGAGCUCUUCUAUCAGACGGCGGCGAGGAGGAUCAUCAUGUCUCAGAUCUUCUCUCAGCAGCAGAGUCACGCUCUGCUCGUCUGGAGUCACAUGAUCUCUAACGUGGUCACUCUGCUCGCUCAGCUGCUUUGGCCCAGUAACCCUGGUUUCCAGUUUCCUGAAUGUCUGAUGUCAAACUGUCAGUACACUCAGCUGCAGGAGUACGUGAGGCUGAUUGGUCCGUGGUGUCAGGUGAACAUUGGCUCGUGUCGCUUCAUGUUAGGUCAGUGUUACCUGGCCAACGGCGAGGGACAGAAGGCGCUGCAGUGUUUCCAGGAGGCGGCGACGGAGGUGGAGAAGGAGGAGUUUCUGAUGCGACUGACGGGCGCUGAGGACGAAGAAGCUGCCUCCACCUGCAGGUUACAGUAUUACAACAAGGUGCUGCGCUUACUGGAGGACGUGGGUUUACCUGAGCUGGUCAUCCAGUUGGCGUCUCUGGCCUUAACGGAAGCAGUCGGUGAUGUCAGCACUCAGGCUGCUCUGUGGACUCGGAUCUUUAAACAUCAUCUGGACCUCGGACACAACAGUGAAGCUUAUGAAGCUCUGACACAGAACCCAGACAGCAGCACGCAGCUGGAUUGCCUCCGUCAGCUGGUGGUGGUUCUGUGUGAACGCUCUCAGCUCCAGGACUUGGUCCAGUUCUCCUACGUCAACCUGCACGAUGAGGUCGUCAGUAUCAUCGAGUCUCGUGCCAGAGGUCUGGACCUGCUGACUCAUAACUACUACGAGCUGCUGUAUGCCUUCCACAUCAACAGACACAACUACAGGAAAGCGGGGACCGUCAUGUUUGAGUUGGCGAUGCGUCUCGGUCGCGAGGUUCCAACUCGUCUUGGUCUUCAGAAACAGGUGAACUGUUAUCUGUCGGCUCUCAACUGUCUCCGCCUCAUCAGACCAGAGUACGCCUGGAUCGUCACGCCUGCGUCUGGAGCUGUGUACGAGCGUGCAGGAGCGUCUCCAAAGAGAAACUCUGAUGGAGACUUUUCUCGUGAACCAGUUAAACGUCAGGUCGACAUCCUGGAACUCAACGACCUGGAGAAGGAGUACUUCCUGUCUCGCUGCCGCCUGACGCUAGCCCAGCACCACCCACCAUCUGCCACCAUCGCAGGAAGUGCAUCCGCGGAGGAGAUGGUGUCCCUGUUGGUUCAGUCCGGACUCUUUGACUCGGCUCUGUGUCUCUGUCAGACGUUCAAACUGACCUUGACUCCGGUGUUUGAGGGUUUAGCCUUUAAAUGCGUCAGGCUUCAGUUUGGGGGGGAGGAGACUCAGAAUGAAGCUUGGAGCUGGUUGGCUGAUAAUCAGCUAUCGUCUGUCGUCAACACCAAAGAGUCCAGUGCUGCAGAUGAGGCGUGGCGGCUGCUGGCCUCUUACCUGGACAGGUAUCCCUCCGCUAAUGGUCAGCACCACCGCUGUGUCAUCAACAAGCUGCUGUCCCAUGGUGCCCCUCUACCUGAUUGGCUGGUCAAGUCAUACAAGGCUGUGGACGCGGCGUCACUGUUGCGUCUCUAUCUGAACUUUGACCUUCUGGAAGCUGCAGCUGAACUCGUCCUGGAGAAUGUGGACGCUUUGCUGGGGAGAGGACACCAGUACUUUGGAAUAGAAAAGCCUCUCUCUGCGACCUUGUCUUCAGUUUGGCUUCCGUACACGUCCAUCGAUCAGCUGAUGCAGUCGCUCGCUGACACUCAAACCAACAGCAGAAUCUACAACAAAGUUCGAGACAAACUGGAUGAGUAUCACAAACUGGUGGAUGUGACGACCAGACUCGUGACCCGAUAAAAACAUGUUCAGCUGUGACCUCGUUUAGACCUGAUGUAAAUAUUCAGUGUGUUUUGGUUUUUUACAACAACAUUGUUAUCAGCUUUUCUACUCGUCUGUUUUUGUAUCUUUGACCAAACUGUAAUGAAAUGAAAGGUUUUCAUAAAUCUCACUGAGUCGAUUA